AUGGUGAGAGAUAGAUCGAAUGGAAAGACGGAACUGGUUAAUUAUGCCAAGGAGAACAAAACAUUUUUGAAGACCGCAUCCGCACUAAAUGUCGCAUUCCUCAUUUCCGCUCUGGGUGACAGAUUAUGGAUGUUCGCCAUUGGUCUGUUUCUGCACCAACUCGGAGGCAUCACAUGGAUCGCUAUUCAUCAGCUGAUGGACUCGCUAUCCAAGCUGGUGCUCACUCCAGUACUGGGAUCCUUGCUGGACAAAACGAAUAGGAACAGAGGAAUGCAGGCAGUGCUUUUUGUAAACAACGUGACAAUAUCCCUUUCGGCACUAAUAUUCUUCUUCAAUUUAUCGGAAGCUCACCAAUCCGAGGGACAUUCCAAAACAGUCUAUCUUCUUCUUGCCAUAUUGUUUGGUUCAAUUUCUCGAGUUGCAUCUGAAGCUCAGAAAACUGCGUUUACUAAAGACUGGAUAGUGGUGGUGAUAUCUGGGACAAAAGGAGCUCGUUUAUCCACACAAAAUGCCGCAAUGACGGUAAUUGAUCAGGCUUCCGCACUUUUGAGCCCAAUCAUUGCUGGAGUUAUGCUUGAUUCUAUGACAAAGGCCUGGUGCUGCAUUGUCAUCAUCGCUUGGAAUAUUAUCUCAUGGAGUGUCGAGGGUUCGCUGCUACUGUGGAUUUACAGAAGAAUUCCAGCACUUUCGCAAAGAUCCGUGGAUGCGCAGAGAUCCCGCAGCCAAUCAUCAACGAAAGACUCAUACAAGGAACGAACUACUUCACCUCUGGCCGCAUAUUCUGCCUAUUGGCGCCAGAGCGCCUUCCGCGCAGCCUUCGGUUUGGCUCUGCUGUACAUGACAGUGCUUGGAUUCGAUAAUCUGGCCUUAUCCUACGGGGCUUCGCAGGGCAUGUCCGCCUCCACUCUCGGACUCUUCCGCUCUAUCGGAUCUCUUCUUGGACUGCUCGGAGCCCUUUCGUACACCGGUCUAGAGCGUUCACUAGGUCUCCUUUGGACAGGCUUAAUCGGAUUACUGCUCCAAAAUCUCUUCUUGAACCUCUGCACAGUUUCGAUCACAUUACCAGGAAGCCCUUUCGAUGCCACCGGCUACUUCUCCUCGCUCACCACAACGAAAUGGAUUGAGGGCGUAAGGUCGAAGGUUGUUGGUGGUUUGAAUGCUACCGAAGACGUCCCUCCUCUUCCAUUUUCGCAGCUGAGCCCUUCGAUCAUAGUUUUCUUCUUCGGAAUCACUCUAGCACGAUUCGGCCUCUGGAUUGCGGACCCAUCUAUCACCCAGAUUAUGCAGGAAACCAUUCCGGAGAGAGAGCGGUACUCAGUAUUCGGGGUACAGACGAGCAUUUGCGAGCUAUUCUCGGUUCUCAAAGAUUUGAUGGUUAUCGCUCUUCCGGAGACGCGUAGUUUCGGAGUUUUAAUUAUCAUAUCUUGUACAUUCGUGUUCACCGGUUUCAUUUUCUACUUCUCAUACUUCAUCAAGAGCACGUGCGCUAGAUCCCGAUGUCGAUCUGGAGGAACGGAACUGAAUGACAUGAAGCAACCAGAACAAGAACAACUGGUAAAGAACCACUCAGCAGUUGAUACGAGUCCUUCCGAUGACUGAUAGGAAUCUGUAAGAGUACUUAGUAUUGAGCACUAACCGAUUGUCUGUGAGUUCUAUGGGUAAUUUUGAUCACUUACAAUUUGCAAUCAUUGUACGACCUCAAGACUAGAUUUUUUUUGAUUUUGUCAUUACCUUAUACCUACUUUGAAACUUCCAUUUUAUCAAUGUCAUUCAGCGAUUUGCUUGUUGCUCAACAUUCUAGAGGCCUUCUCAUUGUUGCAACAAUUUACUGGUGUUACUGUGUAUUUUGAGAUUUCAAUCAUGUGUAAAAAAG